AUGCCCCAAGAAAUUAUGGAGGUUGUGGAGCAAAAUCAAACAAUUGACUUGACAGCCGAUAAAGAUGGAGGGGUUUUGAAGACUAUAAUAAAGCAAGGAAUUGAUUUAAAUAAACAUCCGAGGAAAGGCGACACAGUUUUUAUUCAUUAUACUGGAACAAUUAAAUCAACUGGAAAAAAGUUUGAUGAUAGCAGAGCUCGUGACCAACCUUUUUGUUGUUCUUUGGGACGUGGACAUAUAAUUAAAGCUUUGGAUCUUUGUCUUAUCACUAUGUGCAAAGGAGAAGUUGCCCGUUUAGAAUGUCUUCCAAAAUAUGCUUAUGGACAUUCUGGAUCGCCUCCAAAAAUUCCAGGAAAUGCAACUUUAAUUUUCGAGAUUGAACUUCUAAGUUUUGAAGGGGAAGAUUUAAGCCCUGAUCGUAAUGCAUUAAUUACAAAAUCAAUACUCAAAGAUGGAAAAGGGAAAUAUGAUUGUCCUCCUGAACAUGGAAAAGUUAGAGUUCAUAUUUGUGGAAAAACUGGAAAAGGCGAAAACGAACGCAUUUUCUACCAAAAAACGCAUUUGGAAUAUACUUUGGGUGAAGGAUUGGAAUAUGGUUUACCUAAAGGUGUUGACAUAGCAAUUCGAAGAAUGAAUCGAGGGGAAAAAGCAAUUGUUACUUUAAGAGGACAUUUUGCCUACGGAUUAGACCCGCCCCCAUAUUAUCAAAUUGAUAAAAUGGCUGAAGUGAAUUUUACAAUUUUCCUUAAAGGAUAUGAAAAGAUGAGAGCAAAUUGGGAAUUAAAUGAUGAAGAAAAACUUGAAAGAGCCCAAAAUUUUAAAGAUUUGGGAAACGAAUUUCUUAAGGCUGGGAAAUACAAUGUUGCUUUAAAUAAGUAUUCUGCAAUAAUUUAUUUAAUGGAACAUGCAAAAUCUAUGAAAUCUGAAGAAAAAGGAGGGAAGGAAAUGGCUGAGAAUUUUCAACAAAUGUUCUUUUUUGGUUUGUUAAAUAGUGCUCUAGCAAGUCUGAAAAUGGGAGAUACACUCGAGGCUAUUAAAUUUUGUGACAAAGUUUUGGAGAAAAAUUCGACGAAUGUUAAGGCAUUGUAUCGAAAAGCACAGGCCUAUCAACAAAGACAGGAUUACGACGAUGCUAUUAAUUAUUUUAAAAAAGUUUUGGAAAUUGAACCAGAAAAUAAAGCUUCUGCUCAACAAAUUAUUGAAUGUAAUAAUCAAAAACUUGCAGUUGCUGAACAUCAACGAAAAAAAUUUAAAGGAAUGUUUGGUUAA